AUGGGUCAGAAGAACAGUAAACUUAAGCCUGAAGUUCUGGAAGACCUAAGACAGAACACCGAGUUCACAGAUGCAGAAAUUCAAGAUUGGUAUAAAGGGUUCCUCAAGGAUUGUCCAAGUGGUCAUCUUAGUGUAGAAGAGUUCAAGAAAAUCUAUGGGAACUUCUUUCCAUAUGGUGAUGCAUCAAAGUUUGCAGAGCAUGUAUUUCGAACCUUUGAUACCAAUGGAGAUGGUACAAUAGACUUUCGGGAGUUUCUUUGUGCCCUCUCAGUGACCUCCAGGGGAAAACUGGAACAGAAAGUGAGAUGGGCAUUCAGCAUGUAUGAUUUGGAUGGGAAUGGCUACAUAUCUAGACAAGAAAUGCUGGAAAUAGUGACUGCAAUCUACAAGAUGGUGGGAUCAGUCAUGAAGAUGCCAGAGGAUGAAUCCACACCAGAUAAGCGAACAGAAAAGAUAUUCAAGCAGAUGGACAAGAACAAGGAUGGGAAAUUGUCCUUGGAAGAGUUCAUUGAGGGUGUCAAGAGUGAUCCGUCAAUAGUUCGACUACUACAAUGUGAUCCCCAGGCCAAUUCAGAUGGUUGA